GCUGUUCCAGUAUCAAAUGCCCAUGAACAAUGUCCCCCUCUAGGAUUGCGCAAAGAGAAAAUGUCGGGCACAUAAUUUGUAUACAUACAUGUAGAGUCCAGCCCUCUUAUAUCUACCAGGAAUUUCUCGAAUUGAAUCAAAAUUUCGAAUACGGCAAUCCACCGCCAGAGACAACUCUUGACCCAAACUCUAUCACAUGGUCAUCCUUCCCGUGGCAGACCAAGGGAGACUGGUUGGCCCAGCGUCUGGUUGGACGCAAUGGCGAUCCAUAGCAGAAAACAGGCCUCGUUAUCUG